GGGAGGACAGCUUAUACUGAAUAUAUAUUUUAAAUGACUUACAAUUAAAACAAAGCCUAAUACAAAACACUUACCUCAAAACAAACCCUGAAAUCCUAAAUCUAAACCGUAACCUUAAAACGAAAUCAGAAAGCCAAACCCUAACCCUGAAACAAAACCUUUAGCCUAAAACAUAACCAUGGGGAAAAAAAACCUAGCCUUAAAACUAAACCCUAAAACAAAACCCUUACCUUAACCACCACUUGUUUUGGUCAUUUUUAAGGGUUAAUAUCUGCCUGACGUGCCUGUAGCACAUUAAGCUGUGAAGAAAGGCAGUUACUGGUAAGGACAACUAUAGUGCAUUUUAUUAAGAGGAGGAAACAGUUUGGAUCAGGGUCAUGUACAUUUUAGACCAAAUAAGCAGCAUGUUAUAAUAAAUCACACUACACUUAAUUGAGUGACAUUAAAACAAAUAUUUUCAUCCUUUAUUGUGAUGGGUGUGUGUCUGUGAAUGUGACACACAUUUGUAAGGGUGAGGAGUAAAUUGACGUUAUGAUUAUAACACUGUGACGAUUGACAGCCUGUGGCUUUUACUUUGAAACUGCAGAUAGUUUCAAAGCGGAAGCCUACGUCUGCAGAGCGCGCGGGUUCUACAGAGAACAGAGUUGUCUCACGCCAAACAAACCGAGCCGAUCAGACCGUAGUCCAUGGUUACUGGGUCGUAGACAGCUUCGCGGUCCACAGGGAGGCGAACUCCGUCACUGAACAAAAAUGGAUUCGAUGCUGGAGGACGGGGAGCUGUCCGGGUCCGACUCCGAGAUGACCCCCUCCGUCCGCCCACCCCCAGCUGACCACUGCCUCCGGGCAGCUCCGCCCGUGGCCAGCGGGUACCGGAGCUCCGCCCGACCGGCGGCCUCCAGCGGGGAGGGCCGGGAGCUGUCCGGGUCAGACUCAGAGAUGACCUCCUCCGUCCGCCCGCCACCCGCUGACAGCAGCUUCAGGCCCGCUCCGCCCGAGGCCAGCGGGUACCGGAGCUCCGCCCGACCGGCGGCCUCCAGCGGGGACUCCAGCGGGGAGGAGGAGGACGAUGAGCCCAUCGCCGCCUGGCGCUGCAAGCGGCAGAAGGUGUCCAACGCGGCUGUAGCCUCCCAGCGGCCCCCGCCGACCGCGGGCCUCGGCGGCCCUGAUGCGGCGGCCGGCCGGAAGGUGAACAACGUCUGGGGCAGCGUGGUGCAGGAACAGAGCCAGGACCUGGUGAUGGCUGGGCUGGGGGUGUUCGGCAUGGAGGGGGACUUCGACAUGGGGAGCCGCAACGUGGAGACCUACAACUACGUGCUGGCCCGCAAGAUGAUGGAGAAGGAGCGGCGGGAAGAGGAGGAGAAGGCCCGGGGGCAGCAGCACCAGGAGGCCGCCAUGCUGGACUCCCAGCUGGAGGACUACAUGCAAGCCCGUGGGGGCCACCAGGACCACUCGCGGCCCAAGAGGAAGCGGCCGGCCAAAGAGCGGCUGGGCCCGCGCGCGGAGAUGGACCUGGAGGGGCGCUACGAGCUGCGGGAGGAGGACCCGGAGCCGCGCGUGGUGGAGGAGCUCGCGCACCGCCUGCAGGAGCCCAAGCUCGACCUGCUGGAGCGCGUGGUGAGCGUACUUGGCCGCGGCCCCGCCAUCCGGCUGCUCGAGGAGACGGCCGCGCUGGAGCGCGCCGGGGGCGUGACUACGCUGGACGGCAGCCGUCGCCGCACCCCCGGGGGUGUGUACCUGCACCUGCUGAAGAGCUCCCCCGACGUGAGUCGCGCGCAGCUGCGCCAGGUGUUCCUCGAGGAGAACGCGGACCUGCGCAGGAGCAAGAAGGCGGCGCAGAAGAGGCGGCGCCACCUGGUGGCCAAGAAGAUGAAGAACGCGCUGAACACGCUGCACCUGCAGGAGGACCAGGAGUCCCGCGAGACCUUCGCCAGCGACACGCACGACGCGCUUGCCUCCCUGGGGGAGGAGCCGGAGGAGGAGGAGCCGGAGGAGGAGGAGGAGGAGCCAGAGGCGGUCGCCGUGGGAACGGAGGAGACGCCCGUGGUCUACAACCCUGCCGACCUGGAGGUGUUCUGAGGAGGGGUCACCAUGACAAAGCCACAGAGACUGUCCAAUCACAGCUGGGUCGCUCCCCGUCUGGGUCAACUCUCGAGACAUUUGGUUCGGUUCUUAUUCAAAAAGUUCCUUUGGCCCCUCCUCCUUAUUGGACUGACAGCAGAGUGUUUGAACACGUCUAGAUUUUCUUUCUGUUGUUCUGACCCUGGUUUGAGCGGUGCUUCUCCCGGCCACUAGGUGGCGGAGAGCCCCCCUUUAAAGUUCCUUUUGGUAAAACGUCCACUCCUUUAAAUAAUAAAGGAAGAUUCUCUGA